AUUUAGAAAAUAGGCUGACAUAGUAAACACUAUGAAAAGAAUAAAAAUACAUGUCUUUAAAGGAUUAAUUUGAUUAAAAAGGUAAAUCAAGAUAAAAAAAGGAGACAUUUGUUCAUUGCCAUUGUGUUCAUUUUAGGUCUUUUUAAUUUCAUAAACAAUGUUUUCGUACCAACUAAUCAUCAAUUCAUACCCGGUGAACACAUUAAAAAAAGCUAAAGAAGCCCAAACCAAACUACAAAAGGGUUAACAGGCCUUGUAGUUUCAAUACAAUGUAACUAUAACAAGAACAAGUCUUAGAACAAAUAAAUGAGAGCAUUUCUUAAAAAAAUAAAAUAUAAACAAAAAUCAUUUGGAAAAUCUAUGAAAAAAAAGGAAUUAUUUGAUUUCCAAGUAAGAGGAAGAAUUAAAUGUAAUUUGAGGCCCAUUUUGGAAAAUCUGGAGACAAUUAAGACUUUUAAAGCCUUUAAGUUGGAAUUUAGCAAACUAACUGAAGUCACUGGAAACAUGCACACACGUGGAAGCUUGUUUCUUGAAUUGGUAGAUUUUAUUUCUAUAAAAAAAAAGUGUUUUCACAACAAAAGCAGUAGACAAAACAGAAUACAGAGCGUUCUACGUGUGACAAACUACAUCUAAAGUUCCCUCUGAUUUAUUUUACAGAAACACCUGGUUGGUAGCUUUAAAAUCAUUCUUUAUUAUGUAGACAUUUGAACUUCUUCGCAGAAACCAGCUGCACCAGAGAUCCAUUUCAUGGGGGCCGCGUCAUGUUUUCUGACUGCAUUGCCCCUUUCAGAGGCAAUGGGCGGUUCGGGGCGGAGGGGGGCGCUGUUGAGCAUAUAUUUUGUUACAGUCCCGUUUCCCUCCAUGGUUUCCCCUUCUCUCCGACUAACUUAGCGUUCGGCUCACUUCAUUACACAGCCCUAUAUUCUCCCUCCAUAAGGGGCAUCUCUGCCGUUUUGGACUGAAGAUCCCAGCAGAACCCGAGAGAGAGGAAAAAGUUUCACUUCCACAGGGGGAAAAGAUGGACAUGAAAAAGAGGAUCCACUUGGAGCUAAGAAACAGGACACCGUCUGAUGUACGAGAACUCGUCCUCGAUAAUUGUCGGUCGGUUGAAGGGAAAAUCGAAGGCCUCACAGCCGAGUUCGUCAACCUCGAAUUCCUCAGUUUGAUAAAUGUCGGCCUAAUCUCAGUGUCCAACCUGCCUAAACUAGCGAAACUGAAAAAGCUGGAGUUGAGUGACAACAGAAUCAGCGGCGGCCUCGACGUUUUAGCAGAGAAACUCCCCAACCUCACACAUCUAAACCUGAGCGGAAACAAAUUGAAAGACAUCAGCACGUUGGAACCGUUGAAAAAGCUGGAAAACCUGAAGAGUUUGGACCUGUUCAACUGUGAAGUAACGAACCUGAACGACUAUAGAGAGAGCGUCUUCAAGCUGCUGCCUCAGCUCACCUACCUGGACGGCUACGACAUGGAGGACAGGGAAGCCUCCGACUCUGACGGAGAGGUGGAUGGAGAAGGCGUGGAUGAUGACGAGGACGAAGAGGGAGAGGAGGAGGAAGACGAAGAUGGGGAGGAGGAAGACUUUGAUGAGGAGGAUGAUGAUGAGGAAGAUGAAGAGGAGGUAGAAGGAGAAGAUGAUGAUGAUGAAGUUAGUGGUGAUGAGGAGGACGACGAGUUCGGUCAGGAUGGAGAGGUGGAGGAUGAGGAUGAAGACGAGGAUGAAGACGAAGAGGAAGCCGGGAAAGGCCAGAAGAGAAAGCGAGAAGCAGAGGAUGAAGACGACGAUGAGGACGACGAGGACGACGAUUAAAUGCAAAACUGAAAACGAGAGCCUACCGAGUUUUUCCCCUCUUUGACCCCCCUCACAAACCCGAACGUCCACCCUCCAACAACUCGCACCGCCUUUUUAAACCAUGUCAACUUGUCCCUCCUCUUCCUCCCCCCAGCACUGCGCUCUUUUUACGAGCAAGACUGUACCGACGGGUGGGCCGAGUGGAGCUGCCCCCUCCCACAAUCCCCAUCUUCUUUAAUUUUUUUUUCUUCUUCUCCUUCCUCCCUCACCAAGGAACUGAGAGCCACCUAACGCCCCCACUUCGCUCCCACCUGCAACCCCAGAGGUUCUCAGGCAGCCGACCACUCAGCAUUCCACAUUUCCACUGUCCAUCCCUCUUUAUGUAUUCCCGUGUGAGGACUUUGGGACUGGUAUCUAGUUUUGGGUCUGUGUUUUUAAUAUUUUGUUGGAUUAAUUUUUUUCCUUUUAUUUUUUUUGUUGUUGUUGGGUUUAUUAUUUCCCUAUUUUUUUCUUAUUUUUUUCCCCAAUAAAAUUAUUGCUAUAGCAGCUGUGCAACCAGCAGGCCAUGGUUUUUAGUGUGGCGGCCUGUUGCACAAAUCAAGGUUGUAGCUACAUUUUUACUUUCUGUAUGACAAAAAAAACAACUUUGUAAAUAAAAUGUUAACAUUUU